CUCGGAUGGAUGUUCAAGUAAAAGUAUUCAGCUAUUGCAACAGGAGAAUUAUACAGAGACUCGGCACGCUUCCAUUUUUUGGGUUUUCUUCUGGGAUCCACCAGCAGGUGGCGAUGUAAUAGUCAUCGAAGCAGUAUUCAAGACGGCAGAUUAAUAUAAUUGUCUGCGUUUCAUUUCCUCACGUCUGCCGCUGUAGAGUUGUGGUACUUCCUAGGUCCGAUUCUAGCCAAAGUCAGUUGGUGGGGGAAAAACCGAGACUUUAAGCGCAGUUGUCUCUUAGGAAGGUGCCAUGCUGAGGCGUCAGAAGGCUGGAGAGGAUGGCGUUGGCCCCAAACAGCAGGCACAUUAAGUCUCUUUUAUCACCACCUGAAAGGCUCCACACCCUGCAGGUGGACUCGGUGCAGCGCUGGAUGGAGGACCUCCGUCACAUGACCGAGGUGGAGUGCAUGUGUAUCCUGCAGUCCAAGCCCAUCAGCGUGGAGGAGGAGGCGGGGGCAGGCGAGCUCAUCGUGGGUGGGGAGCGGGCAGCGCGCGACGGCCUGCAGAUGCUGCUCCGGCGGGCAUUCGCUGUCAGCGCCGAGCUGGGCAAGGUCUUCCAUCGGCUGGAGAAGGGCCGCUGGUCCCGCGUGCACAGCACGGCCGUCAGGGUGCACAGCCAUAUGCGCUCGCUGGUGCACGAGUAUUCCUCCGUCCGCGGCUCCCUGCCCGAGAUGCAGAAGUAUGAGAAGUCCCUGCUGGAUAAGUGCCUGGAGCUCACCACCAUCACCGAGAGGUGUGUGCACACUGAAGAUGAGUUCCUCUUGAGGUCAAUGAAAGAAGCCACCCAGGAAAUACUGACUGACAUCAGCGACUCGUUCAGCCAGAUGAUUGACAUGGCCUUGGCCAAUGAGAUCCAGAUUCUGAUCCGUCAAAUUGAGACGUCAGACAACGUCUACACCAUAGGGGGCGCCAUCAGCAGCCUCCUCUCCCUGACGCAGGACGGGCCGCAGCUGUGCAGCAUCAUUGCCAAGGAGGGGGCAGUGGUGGCCCUCUUCAAGAUCUGCCGACAGGACUGCUUCAGCUGCCUGUAUGCCCACGCCCUCAGGACCGUGGCCUCCAUCUGCUGUGUGGAGGAGGGUAUCAACCAGCUGGAGAAGCCGAUCGUGGUGGCUUAUCUGUGCAACAGAACAAUCUGGAAAAAGCGCCAUCUAGAGGAAUCAGCCGAGGUGUGGGAUUUAUCAGGAUUGCCCCAGGUGGAUGGGAUCCUGUGUCUGGCGGAUAUUCUGACAGAUGAGAGUAACGCGGAGGCGGCCCGGGCAGAGGCAGCCGCUGUGGUGGCCCAGAUCACUUCCCCCCACCAUACCUUCACCCAGCACCUGGGCAGCUUUCUGGAGAACAUGCAGGACAUCGUCACCGCCCUCAUCAAGCUGUGUCGCGACGCCUCUUCCGGGGAGUCCUUCCUGCUGGCCUCCGCCGCUCUGGCCAACAUCACCUUCUUCGAUACCAUGGCCUGCGAGAUCCUCUUGCAGCUCGGUGCCAUCCACAUCCUGUUUGGGGCGUGCAGAGAUCGCCACCGUGUCGACACGCCUUACUCCAAAGACCAGGUUGCGACAAUACUGGCAAACCUCUCUGUUCUGGAGCAGUCAGCCUCUGAAGUUCUUCAGGAAAAUGGUAUUGAGCGACUGCUGCUGCUGCUGGCUGAAAAGCCAUCCUCCUCCAGUCCAUCAGAGGGCGCUGCCUGUGAGAGGGUGCAGCAGAAGGCGGCCGUCACGCUGGCCCGUCUGAGCCGGGACCCUGAGGUGGCACAGACGGCCAUCCAGCUGCAGGCCAUCCCUCAUCUCAUCGAACUGUGCCGCUCGCCAGCUGAAAGGAACAGCAGCGAUUCCGUGCUGGUCGCCUGCUUGGCAGCCCUGCGCAGGUUGGUGGCCGUGUGCCCAGACAGCAUCGAGGACGCCGACCACCAGCAGCUGAUCAAGCCCCGUCUCGUGGACUCAUUCUUGCUCUGCUCCAACAUGGAGGAGAGCUUUGUGUAGGAGGGGGAUUUGGGGAUGGCUCGUAUGUAAAAUAAUAAUAUAUUAGUAUAUACGCCAAUGAUGUUUUUGCCAACAAAGAGGCAUGAAUUGGACUUUUACCACAGCAUUUUCAGUCCCACUGUGGGUCUGCUUUGAUAAUUGCAGAAUUUUGUUUUUAAUUUAGUGAUUGUCAUAAUAAAUAUCAAGAAUAUUUAUUAUAUAGAACAAAAACCAGAGUUACUCAGUUAGACUUGCAACGUUCGGCAAACGCAGAUGUUGGAACUGAAACUGACUUUUGAGGCUUUCAUUGUGAACACAGGCAUUGAUCUCACCUCCAGCAGUGUGACUUGACUGAUUAGAAGGAUGUGAGACAUUUGAUACAAAUUUUAUAUAAAAGCAUGAAAUAGAUUGAACUGCCAGACAUGCAUUUCUUGUGUCAGCCUAAGCGCAGUUAGAGUGUCGAAUCCAGUGAGCGAGACCAAGCUAUUAAAUAUGAACUGACAUUUUUUUUUUUUUAGAAAUAACCAUAGACAUCAAGACAAUUCCUCUAAUCUUUUUCCAUCAGCCACAGAUAUUUUUUUUUUUUUAGGAAAAAUUCUAUGUCUCGUGAACAAUUAUGAAUGUUAGGGCAAUAAUUUGCUGUUGUGUUUGGCUCCAUUUAAAAUCACUUGGUGGUGCAUGUUCUAUUCCCAGUACUAUUUAUACUAUUUAUAUGUGUUGGACAAAUAAAAAAUACCAUUGUAUGAAUUUGGUGACAAACUUGUAGCAAAAAAGUAGUUUGUGUAUCUCCUGUAAAGGGUAACAAAUCAAAAUUAAAGAGUAAUGAAUUUUAACGAA